GUGAACAGGGCAGACAUACAUACAGCAAUUAGGUGCUGGACCUCUGCAGUCUCCUCCUGCAUAAACUGUUCUCCAUGCCAGUUCUGCUUCUACUGCCUGCUCCUACAGCUAGGGACCAGAGGAAAAGGACUAGGAAAGAGAGAAGGUGAUCAGAAGAAGCACCCUUUUAACUCCACAACUCAAAGUUUUCCAAGGAAGCUACAUGUAGUGCCUUUCUGCUAUUGUUCCAGGCAUACCUAACGUGAUACCGUUGCUUAUGGGACUUAUACUAGUAUAUGUACCACCACAGCCGAUUGUAAGGACAUUAUUUUACUGCGAGGACCAUCUGCCAAGGAGAUAGCAUCAUGCCCACCUUUGAUCAGGUGCUAAAGGAGGCUGGUGAGUUUGGGCACUAUCAGAAAAGGGUCUUCCUCCUAUUAUGUAUGACGGGCAUAACGUUUGCCUUCUCUUUUGUGGCCAUUGUGUUCUUGGGACAGAUGCCAGAGAGUUACUGGUGUAGAAGCUCAGAGGUGGCAGAACUUAGUAGGAGCUGUAGAUGGAGUCCAGAAGAAGAGAGGAACCUCACCGUACCAAGACUACAUCAUGACAAAACUGACCAAAGCAUGUGUCACACCUACGACAUCACCUGGAAUAUCAGUAGUUCACCCCUCAACUGUGAGACGCCUAUCUACUCUGCCGCAAAUCUAACCUUGGAGAAACUGCCCAUAAAGCCAUGUGAGGAUGGAUGGGUCUAUGAAGAAUACCGCACAACCAUCAUAAGUCAGUACAACCUGGUAUGCAAAGAUGCAUGGAAACUUGACUUGACACAAGCUUCACUGAACCUGGGAUUUUUGAUAGGGGCCCUGACAUUGGGCUAUGCUGCAGACAGAUAUGGAAGAAAAGUCACAUACCUGAUUUCGUCUUUUGGAGUUGGACUAUGUGGAAUCAUUGUAGCAUUUGCACCAAACUUUUACAUUUUGGUGUUUUUUCGUUUUCUACAAGGUAUCUUUGGGAAAGGAACAUGGAUGACAUGCUAUGUUAUUAUAACAGAGCUGGUGGGAUCAAAACAGAGACGAAUCGUUGGUAUUGUGGUUCAAAUGUUUUUCACUUUGGGGGUAAUGAUCAUUCCUGGCAUUGCCUACUUGAUUUCUACAUGGCAAGGCAUUCAGCUGGCCAUUUCACUACCAAACUUCCUCUUCCUUCUUUACUACUGGUACAUCCCUGAGUCUCCUCGAUGGCUGCUAAUACGAAAAAAGAAAGACAAGGCAUUGCGUAUAAUGGGUGACAUUGCUAAACACAAUGGAAGGUAUCUCACCCCAAACUACUGCCAGGUAUCCCAAAUAACAGUUGCAGAUGAGGAAAUUACAAAUCCUGCAUGCAUGGAUCUGGUCAGAACACCACAAAUGAGGAAGUGCACUAUAAUUUUGAUGUUUGCCUGGUUUACAAGUGCAGUCGUCUAUCAAGGUCUUGUUAUGCGGCUAGGAAUUGUGUCUGGAAGCCUGUAUACAGACUUUUUUAUCUCUGCAGCUGUGGAAUUACCAGCAGCCAUACUUAUUCUACUCUCCAUUGAUCGCAUUGGGAGAAGACUUCCAUUUGCUUUAAGUAAUGCUGGAGCAGGCAUUGCAUGCUUAAUAACUGCUGCAAUAUCCACAGAUCUCUUGUGGCUAAAAAUAACACUAGCCACUUUAGGCCGACUGGGAAUCACAAUGGCAUUUGAAAUUGUGUACUUUGUAAAUACAGAACUAUAUCCAACACCACUGAGAAACUUCGGUGUAUCCUUGUGUUCAGGCAUGUGUGACCUAGGAGGAAUCAUUGCCCCAUUUUUACUUUUCCGAUUAGCAGAACUAUGGGUGGAACUUCCUCUCAUCAUAUUUGGAAUACUUGGCCUUAUUUGUGGUGGUCUGGUAUUGUUAUUGCCUGAAACAAUGGGUAUUUCCUUACCAGAAACAAUUGAAGAUGUUGAGAAUCUUGGAAGGCCAAUAAGAAACGACAAGAAAGAGAAUAUGGACUACUCUUGACAGUCAUCUAAAAAGUUAUGGUGUGAUAUUAUGACCUUUCAUUAGGCAUAUUUUUCAAGAUAGUCAAUAAAAAUAAAUACCCUUAUAGUUUUGUAAAUGUAUCCCCACAUAUGCAUAGCUUACUAGGUCUAGAACAGGUCAGCAUAAAAAACAUAGGGGGAGAUUUAUCAAACUGGUGUAAAGUAGAACUGGUUUAGUUGCCUAUAGAAACCAAUCAGAUUCCUCCUUUCAUUUAUCACAGCUCCUUUGGAAAAUGAAAGGUGGAAUCUGACUGGUUGCUAUGGGCAACUAAGCCAGUUCUACUUUAGACCAGUUUGAUAAAUCUCCCCCAUUGUGUUGCAGAACCAACUAGUGUGAACAAUUGUAAUCAGUUAUUUUAUACAAAAAAACAUUUUUAAUAAAAAUUUGUAUUUUCACACAAUGCAUGGCUAUUUUAAGUUAUAAAUAUAAUUAGUAAGGAUCUGUAAUAUGGCUGCUGAUAUAUGGAAGAAAAACUUCAUUCUGUUUGCUACACCAUUUAAAGGGAAUUUCUACUAUGUGUACACUUUUAUUUACAGCACCUAUUCAAGUGUAUGUAUAUUUUUCUGCCUUAGUGUAGAACUUUUGUCAUACAAAAGAUGACACCUGCCAUUAGCAGCACCUGCGUGUCAAAUCUGUAAGCAGUGAUACCUGCAGAUGCAAAAAUUAUGCAAUAUAUUGUGUUAAAUAGUGAUGAGUGAAGUUCUAAACAAUUUGAUUUGCUUCGCCGAAUUUCACAAAGAAAUUUGAUUUGUGAUGAA